UGGAAAUCCCAAGAGCGUAAUUUCCACAUUUGGAUAUGUAAUAUAAAAUGAAAUCGUAAAUUCGGAUCAAAAAAAUCCCAUCUCAAACGUUGUUUUCACUAAUUAGUGUUUAAAUAUUUAUUAACAUGUACGAACAAAACAUCUGGUUAGAAAAUUAUUUUUCGCUGUCAAUGAGUGAAUUUUAAUAUUAGAAUUAAUUAUUAAUAGAUAGAUUGCUAACUUAUGAAAUAGUUGUUAGUUAGUUAGUUAUUUGUUGUUAUGUAUGUAUGUAUUGUUCCAACGUGUUUAGUAAAUAUUUUUCAUGAUAGAAUUGAUAGAUUGAAAUCAUGAUGAACUUGUCAACAAACUUUAAGAAAAACUUUUCAUACUGCAAAGCCCAAAAAUUUUAUAACAUCAUACACAAUGAGUGGAAGGAUAUUGCUGGGGAAAUAUUUAAAAAAAAUAGCUCCGAGCCGAGAUUUUCAUGGGAUGAAAUGCAAGUAUUUGAACGGUCAGAAAACCCAGCAAAGAAGAUAUUUGAAGCCUGGAUGCUGGAUAACAUAACAUUUCAAGACGUCAUUGGAGUCUUGGAGAAAGUGAAACACGAAAGAGCGAUAACAUUUCUGAAAGAGUCUGCCUCCGGCAUGGGGCAACCACAAACCACCCAUGUUCCACCUCAAACAGCUGAUCCAACUAACCAUUCAACAUCCGAUUCUGCUGGUGAUAAGAAGGAUGAUGACUUCUCUAUGGUGGUGCCCUAUGAAAUAUUGUGCAAAUGGACAGACAAUUUCAACAAUAAUUCAGUAUCAAAAGGCGGUGCAUUCAUUAGUUCUGGAGGGUUUGCUAAUGUUUACAGAGGCUUGAGAGGAAAAUCAUACGUUGCAGUGAAAAGGUUUAAAUCUCUGAACGAUGAAGAACUGAGGACGCAGUUUAAAAAUGAAAUAAACAUUCUGUCUAGAUGCAACCAUCCUCACCUGCUGACGCUCCUCCACUACAGUAACGAUGGACCACUCUGCCUCGUGUACGACUACAUGCAAAAUGGAUCCCUCUACGAUUACAUGCUCAAUGAAGCGAAAUUACCCAGUUUAAAAUAUGAGUUGAGGAUGAAAAUAUUCAAACAGUGCACAGAGGCGCUCAACUACCUACACGAUAACAACAUCAUUCACAGGGAUAUAAAAAGCGCCAACAUUCUGCUGGACUCAGACAUGGACGCAAAGUUGGGCGACUUCGGGAUAACUCGAAUCUUCGCACCGACAAACGACACACACGUUCACACAAACCGACUAAUCGGUACCGCCCUGUACAUGGCCCCAGAAUACUUGAAGUAUGGCGAGGUCUCUCCCAGGACAGAUAUGUACAGCAUGGGAAUUGUACUUGUUGAGUUGUUAACUGGUCUUGUGGCUUUGGACCUCAAUAGGAAAAUAAAAAGCAUUCUCGAAAUUAUUGAAGAUGAAUAUAAAAUGGAUGAUUUAAUGGAGAAUGAUUGUAACAAUGAAACGUUUAAAAAGUUGAAAGAUCUGUCGUUGAAGUUACUUAGUAGUAAAAAAAACAGACCAUGUUCAUCAGAGGUGCUAUAUAUUCUCCAAUCCAUCAGAUGAACUGUUUUGAAAGAACGAUAUUAUUAUUAUUAUUAUUGUUGUUGUUAAAUAAUGAUGUUUCUAUGUUUGUUCUUAUUAUUAAUAAAAAAUCAUUAUAUCGUGCCAAGUAAGGCAAUAGAUACCUACUUAGAAAUACAUUUGAUCUGAUUCAUACAGAUUUAUAAUGUAUCAAUGCGUAUUUAUAUGUAAUUUAUUUGUAACGCUUAUUGUACUAUUCGCCUACCUAUGCAAUCUAGUUAUUUUUUUCCUUUUAUGAAUCUACCAGCCUAUUUCGUUUUAUAAUUUUCUAAAUUUUUGAUUGAUAAAAGUUACUUUUGAAUGUUGUUUGCAAUAAAAAC